GCGGGCUCGCUGCGCGUGCCGGGCGGGGAAGCGGCGCGAGCCGGGUUCCUGAGAACGUUCGCCGCGGGGGCGGCUCCGGGGCCUGAGCGGGCGCCGCCACCGCCUCAGCCUCGGAGGCCGGGCCGGAGGAGGCGGAGGAGGCUGCGGCCGCCGGAGACCUUUUUGACGCCCCCAGCUCCGGCCGGGAAGAUGAUUGAGGAAAGUGGGAACAAGCGGAAGACCAUGGCAGAGAAGAGGCAGCUGUUCAUAGAAAUGCGUGCUCAGAAUUUUGAUGUCAUACGACUGUCAACUUACAGAACAGCUUGCAAAUUGCGAUUUGUGCAAAAACGAUGCAACCUACAUCUUGUUGAUAUUUGGAACAUGAUUGAAGCCUUCCGAGACAAUGGCCUUAAUACACUGGACCAUACCACUGAGAUCAGUGUGUCUCGCCUCGAGACCGUCAUCUCAUCCAUCUACUACCAGCUGAACAAGCGCCUUCCUUCUACUCACCAAAUCAGUGUGGAACAGUCCAUCAGCCUCCUCCUCAACUUUAUGAUUGCUGCAUAUGACAGUGAGGGCCGAGGCAAGUUGACGGUAUUUUCAGUUAAAGCUAUGUUAGCAACCAUGUGUGGUGGAAAAAUGCUGGACAAAUUGAGAUAUGUUUUCUCCCAGAUGUCAGAUUCCAAUGGCUUAAUGAUAUUUAGCAAGUUUGACCAGUUUCUGAAGGAAGUUCUGAAGCUCCCAACAGCUGUCUUUGAAGGGCCAUCUUUUGGUUACACAGAGCACUCAGUCCGCACCUGUUUUCCACAGCAGAAAAAGAUAAUGCUAAAUACGUUUUUAGACACCAUGAUGGCCGAUCCUCCUCCCCAGUGCCUUGUCUGGCUACCUCUCAUGCAUAGGCUUGCCCACGUUGAGAAUGUCUUCCACCCCGUGGAGUGCUCCUAUUGCCGGUGUGAGAGUAUGAUGGGUUUCCGGUACCGAUGCCAGCAGUGCCACAACUACCAGCUCUGCCAAAAUUGCUUUUGGCGUGGCCAUGCCAAUGGCCCUCACAGCAACCAGCACCAGAUGAAGGAGCAUUCCUCUUGGAAAUCCCCUGCAAAGAAGCUGAGCCAUGCAAUUAGUAAAUCCUUGGGGUGUGUACCCACCAGAGAACCUCCGCAUCCUGUUUUUCCUGAACAACCAGAGAAACCACUUGACCUUGCAAAUAUAGUUCCUCCUCGCCCUCUGACGAAUGUGAAUGACACCAUGGUGAGCCACAUGUCCUCUGGGGCGCCCACUCCCACCAAGAGGUUACAGUAUAGCCAGGAUAUACCCAGUCACCUGGCCGAUGAGCAUGCGCUGAUAGCCUCCUUUGUGGCCCGUCUGCAGCACUGUGCACGUGUCCUGGACAGUCCUAGCCGACUGGAUGAGGAACACCGGCUUAUAGCUCGCUAUGCUGCCCGGCUGGCUGCAGAGGCAGGAAACAUGACCCGUCCUCCCACCGACUUGAGCUUUAACUUUGAUGCCAACAAACAACAAAGACAGCUUAUUGCAGAACUGGAAAACAAAAACAGAGAGAUCCUGCAGGAGAUUCAGCGUCUCCGUCUAGAGCAUGAACAGGCUUCCCAGCCCACUCCGGAGAAGGCCCAGCAGAACCCCACACUGCUGGCAGAGCUGCGGCUGCUGAGGCAGAGGAAAGAUGAGCUGGAGCAGAGGAUGUCAGCGCUGCAGGAGAGCAGGCGGGAACUGAUGGUCCAGCUGGAAGGGCUGAUGAAGCUGCUGAAGGAGGAAGAGCAAAAGCAGGCAGCUCAGGCCACAGGAUCGCCGCAGACGUCGCCCACUCACGGAGGCAGCCGCUCGAUGCCCAUGCCCGUGCACUCCACCUCCGCUGGCUCCACACCCACCCACUGCCCGCAGGACCCGCUGAGCGGAGUUGGCGGGGACGUGCAGGAGGCCUUCGCCCAGGGUACAAGGAGAGACCUCCGCAAUGACCUGCUGGUGGCCGCUGACUCCAUCACCAGCACCAUGUCAUCCCUGGUGAAGGAGCUCCACUCAGCUGCUCUUUCCUUAGGCCUGCUCAGCUGUCUCGCUCCAGAGCGUUCCUGGAUGACUGGAACCGCAUCAGCUGCAAAAGCUGCUGGACUUUCUCGCGGCUGCCUUUCUGCUCUCUCCUAUUUGAUUUGGUUUUGAAACCCUAUUCUCUCCUUUUGUCCAUGCCGAGGCUCUGAUUUCACUGGCAGUUCAUGACCUGAGUCUGUUGCUUCCUUCGUUCCUCAUGUUCAGUCUUAUCUGUGACUUCUUUCUCAGUCUGUCCGUCUCUUAGCUAUUUCAGUGAUUUUCCAGAGACCCUUAGCUCAUGGCAUAGUUCCCCUUACAUAAUGCCCGGGAAGGAGAGAAAAAAUAGAAUGCCAUUCCCAUCAUCAGCAUGUCUUCAAGAAUCCCCAUGAUUGCAUCAGUUUUGUAGCCGUCAGGUAUUUUGCUAAUCUUUUUUAUGGUGGUCAGAUUCCCGUGUUAUAUAUUAAACAAACACAUUCCCUUCCUAAGUGCUGUGGGUCACUCAUACAGAUGGCCCUCUUUUGUGUCUUUCCACCUAAUGUAAUGCUUUUGGAUACCUUGAACUAGCUUAACAAGGUUAUUGAAUAAAAAUAUAAAGCAGGUUUUCUGUGGGCUAUUCAGACACAUGUACUUAUUGAAACACAAUACAUUGAAAUCAUCUGUGCGUGCGCUUAGGGAAGGCGAGCCUCGUGUACUCCUUCAGACCUUUGUAGGAGAAAGCGUAUGCCUUUAGUGUUGUCAUGGGACCAGGCCAAGGUCUGGCCCAGGGCUUCGCUCUCAGAUCUGCUGUUUUCAUUUAGAAGAGAAUGAGUGUGUGGCCUGUGUUGGUUUUUUCAGUACAGUUAAGAUGCCAGUUCUCCUGUUCAGGCAGCAUUACAGUAACACUGUCUCCGUUAUGGUACCAUUUCUCAAUCCCUUUUAGAAGCACUGCUCCCCUCCACACACACAUAAACAGAAGAGAUGACCACCUUUGAGAUGACCUCAUGGGUGAUUAGAAAGUCCCUUCCCUAACAUAGCUCCCACAGAUGCCAGAAAUCCCACUUCUGGAGGGAAUUUCUUAGGGGAUUUCAGGCAUGGAAAUUAACCACACUCAUGCCUCAUGGCCACGUAUUAGGUUUUGUGCAAAAUGAGUGGUUCAUGAGCUCAUCACACUAGUUUGGGAGGUGACUAGACAUCAUUAAACACAAAGCACAUAGAGACCAAACAGCUUCAUAAUAAGUAAGGGUAUGGGGAUAUUCAGCAAUGUCUCCUAGUAAGAAAGGAUAGUUUUAACAAAACCAUGUAAUGUAUUUGAAAGGUACCUUAGAGAUCGCACUGUCCACUCUCCUUACUUUAGAAAUGCGGUGAGUGAUUAUCAGAAAAGAGAUUUGCCUAAAGUUACACAGCUUGAAGGGGCAAAGCUGGUCCUAGAGCUUAGGUCUGAACAUUAAGCGAUGCUCUUACCACCACACUGCCCUUAUCCCCGCACAGGACAAGGGAUCAUGUCUGCAAUCCCACGAGGGCCCCUUUCACUGAUGCUCCACUCUAGGUCCAUGGUAGAUGUGGACUAGCCCCACACAUGGCCCAGUAUCUCUAUCAAACACAGAGGUAAACUCCCUUUACAUGCCAGGCUGCCAGUUUCUCAGUGAGUGGAAGAGCCCAACACCAACAUGUGUUUUUUUUAAUUUAUGUUUUUGGCUGCAUUGGGUCUUCAUUACUGCACACGGGCUUUCUCUAGCUGUGGCGAGCGGGGGCUACUCUUUGUUGCGGUGCGCGGGCUUCUCAUGGUGGUGGCUUCUCUUGUUGUGGAGUACAGAUUCUAGGAGCACAGACUUCAGCAGUUGUGGUGCACGGGCUCUAGGACGGGCGGGCUUCGGUAGUUGCAGCAUGCAGGCUCAGUAGUGUGGCUCGCGGGCUCUAGAGCGCAGGCUCAGUAGUUGUGGCGCACAGGCUUAGUUGCUCCGCAGCAUGUAGGAUCUUCCUGGACCAGGGCUCGAACCCACGUCCCCUGCAUUGGCAGGCGGAUUCUUAACCACUGCGUCCCCGGGAAGUCCCCAACCUGUUUUUACCAUCACUGUCGAGAUUUUCAUGAGGAUGAGAGUAGGUGCUCAAAUUAUCUUCCAUGUAUUCUGUACGGCGUGGACAUGCUGUUUAUAUCCAUAGCUUGCCCUCCUCAUCUUUUCUGAAAUCUUUUCACAAAUGAUGGACUCUUAGAGUUGGAAAGGAUCUUGGAAGUCAUUUCAUCCAGUUGCUGCCUGAUAUAAAAGUCCUCUGUUUGAAUAUUCCCAGCGAGUUCAUUCAUGACCAGCUCUCCUCACUGGGAAGUUCUUCCUUAUCAGGGAGCCAAAAUCUGCCUUUCUAUAGCAAACUGAUCCUCAUUCCACCCUCUAAAGCUGCCCAGAUGAGCCCAGCCCCUCCUCUCAUGUCAGCCUUUCCAGUGUUUGAUGGCAGGUCACGUGGCUCUCCCGCAGCCUCUCCUCUUUAGGCAGCCGUUCACAGUUCCUUCAGCCAUUCCUCAUGUGACGUGGGUUUCACUUGACCAUCCCGUGUGCCCAAGUGUUGCAAGGCCCUGGUUCAAAGUGCGUUUCCAGGGCUGAGCACGUCUCCACAUUGCAAGGGGUCUUCCCCCUGACCCCCACUCCACCCCCAGCACGGUGAGCUCUGCCACCGCCCUGAGCAGGCCCCAGGGAAAGUAACCUUAGAUGGCAUUAGCUUUUUUCCACACAGCCACUUUGCACUGUUCAGUCAUUUUAAGUUUGUCAUCAGCUAAAACCAGGUUUUUGUAUGUUUGUUUUGUUUUGUUUUUAACGAAAGCCAGUGUUCAUCUAGGUAUUCCCUGCUGUACACUUUUAUCAUUGUUUUCUUGAACCUGAAUGCAAGGUAUUAGCCAUAUACCUUAGUAGAUAUCAUCACCUUAGAGAAGCCAGCAAUAGAGCCAGAAGCUGGGUGGGUGACAUCAGACUGCACUGCUCUGGGCUCAGGGCUUAUGGGGACAUGAUGCUGGGGCAUGGACCACACAGGGUGCAGACUAGGUGAUUUCAGCACCCUUGGAGACCUGAAGCCAUGAGCUUUUAGCUAGGGUUUCCUCCCAAGCCUCCUAAGCUACUCACUUCUCCCUCCUCCUAUGCUUCUACUGUGCCGAAGGGUCACUGGCCUCCUUGGACUUGUUUUCACAGCAGGGGAAGGUGCAGAGGAAGAAGAAGAGAAGGUGCAGAAUGGGAAAGACAGAGCUAAAGGCAGCUCCAGGACCCCUAGUCUGAAUGGGAGCCAGAGCCCUAGCCCCUGAACGGAAUCCCCCCUCCCCUUUGUUUCUGCCUUCCUUCCUGCUGCCACCUUUCCCCAGAGCUUUCAGACCCCCACGGAUCCUUCUCCCUACUUUUCCCAACUGACCAUCAAGUUUUUCCCUAGAGGUGGUUGUGUCAGUGGAUCAACAAAAGCUUCCUGAUCUCCUGACACUAUGAUAGACGGAUGGGAUACAGGAAGUAGAUGCAAUUAAAACACCAAAUGUGACCCCUUGCCUCAAGGAGUUUGUAAUACAGUUAGGAGAGCAAAAUUAAGAUAUGCAAAAUAAAUAGGAGAUAAAAGGAAGUGGCAGGAAAAGUUAGUCAUCGAACUUUGAGCGUAUGAUUAUAAAUACAAGAAGAGUUUCUGAAAAGGCAGAGAUGAUUGUGGACAGAAGAGCCAGAUGGCUUUGUGGCUUCUCGGAGGAAUUAAAAGCAACAGAGAAAGGUAUCAGCACGGGACAGUAAUGCUUCCUCAUUUUAUUGUAUAUAAAACCUUCUUAAAAAUAAUGUAUGUUCAAAAGAGCUGUGCUAACUGAUUUCCGUGUAUAAUCUCAUUCAGUCCUCAACGACCUGGUGAGAUAUGUAAUAUAAUGAUAUCCCCACUUUACCAAUGAGGAAACAGGCGCAGAGAAAGUUAGAUCAACUAGCUAUUAAGUGGUAAAGACUGGAUUUGAGCUGGGUCUUUCUCACUCCAAACUUCAUGCUCUUAAUCUUCAUGUUUCUAUGUUACCCUGAACAGAUAACACAAUUCUCUUUGGACAUUUGAGAGUUAGCUGUUAUUUCUGUGAUGUAUUAAUAUGUCCAGUUGCUGGAUUCCUUCAAAAUAUAAGCUCCACAAGGUGGAGACUUCGGUCUGUUUUGUUCAGGUUGUAUCCCCAGUGCCUAGAACAGUGCCUGGCAUGUAGUGGGAUGUCAGUAGAUUCAUAAACGUAAGGAAAUAAACAGGCUGGUGGGCAGCAGAGCACUUUGUCCGGGAGAGAAGUGGGUGGCUGCCCGGAGGAGGCUGUGGAGCCUGAGGUGGAGCCGGCCCAGCUCUCUCGGGUCCCUGCUAAAUGCUCUGCACGUAACACACUCUUCCUGUUUGAUUCCACGGCCCCGUGAGGGAAGGCUUCUAGACAGGGCUCAGGGUGGUUAAACAACGUGAGGCCGUAAGUGGCAGAGCCUGGACUCAGCCCAGGUGUCUCUAACACCAGUGCCCAUGCUUUAGUCUGAGCCGACUGCGAGACCACGUGAAGGGAGAGAAGUCUUAAGGAAGGGUGGAAAGAAGUGGAUACGGGAAAGGGAGUUGUGAUGGGAAAGGGGGAGCAUCUUGGGAGGGGUGUGUCCGGAGCUUUUGCCCAUAGUGGCUGGUGCGGAUAAGAGAGUGAGGUCUUUGAAGUUUGUCAGCAAGGACACUGGAAUUGCCAAGGAAGAAACGGAGAGAAGAAAAAUGUACUCCAGGUGCUGAAAUCAUCGAGUGAGUCAGAGCAAGGCCUGGGAGAAAGUGGACGAUAGCUAUGAUGAAUUGCUGAGAAUGAAGUAUUUGGCAUGGCCGUCAAGAGGUCAGCAGUAGAGGGCAGCGGUGUUUGAAACAUCUAGAAAUGCGGCAAAGAAAUGGAGAGAAGACGGACUUCCGCAUACCGAUGGGGGACUAGGAAUAAGGCAGGAGGGUUGUAGUGCAAGAGGUGAAGAGAAGAGCAGACACACAGAGAUAGAUUUACGCUUAGGUAAACACAUGCUGCAAACACACGCAUGCACGCACACACGGUCCCACCAGAUCCCGGCGUUCAUGUGGAAUGUUCUUGGCUGAAGACCUAACAGCUGCUGCUUUGGCCUCUCUUCCCUUAUACCCCCCUCCCUUCCCAAUAGCUUUUCCCAUGGCCUUUCCUCAGUCUGCCCCGCUCCCCCGAAGCACACAGGGGACUGUGCCGUGACCACCUGGGCCUUGCCCUGACCACAGACUGUAGCCUUAGACCUGGUUCAAGUCUGGAUGUAGGCUCUGUCUCACACGUGGACUGGGUGUGGCUUCCCUUGUCUGGUACCCGGUGUCCUCAGGGUCCCUCUGUCCUGGCACCUGUGUUGCCCUGUCAACAUCUCUUCUUCCUUUGCACCUCUUGCUUUGUACAUCUAUGUGAAAUCUUUUCGUGAGAAUGCCUGAAUUUCUGUUUCUGUGGCUUUUAGGUGUCAUCCCCAAGGGGAAGAGUAUUAAGAGUUGGGGUGAGAGAUGGGUAGGGUUUAAAAAGGAUGUUUGACUCUCAGCAUUGUAUAAGGUCCUAGGAUAUGUCCCUGUAGUUAACGUGUGGCUGUUACGUGGGUAUAGUUCUAAAACCAUGGACGGACGUUCUGAUUCUCCACUGUGAUCUAGGCGUGAGAUCUUACUAUAGACUGAGGUAGCCGUAACUACUGUCACCUAGGCAUUAGAGGGCAAUAAGUAUCAACCAGAAAGAGAGAGCAAUUUGCUUCUUUGGGGUUGAAAUCAUGCUGACAUAAUACAAACACAACUGGGUCAGCACCCUGUCAGGCAUAGUCUGCUCAGUGCAAAAACUGUGAGAGCCAAAUGGGCACUUUUGAAGAACUCACGACUCAGCCACACUUCCCGACCACAUUCACCUCUGCCUCGGCCUCUCCCUGCCUGCCCUGGCUCCCUGUCUGGCUGCACCCUGGGGAAUGCUCCUGCUCCGCUGGAUUCCCACUUUGCAUCCCCUCACCUUGAGGAGUCAGUACUUACAACCAAGACUAUAUAGAUGAAACGCAGGCUAACAGAACUUCCCCCAUAUUACCUCAGAGCCCUAAAUUCGUCUCAGCUGCUCCACGGCCUCAUUUUAUGUCCCUGUGUCCUUCAGAAUCACCUCUCCCAGAACCUGCCCCCACGGUGUUGGAAGCUAUAAAUCCGGUUUGCACACCUAACGCUAGUGCGUGUCUGGUAGACUGCCAGCAGUGGUCCUUGGUGAGAACAGAUACAGGCUUUUGAGGGUCCAGGCGAUCGUUCAAGAUUUCAGGGUGAACAGGAGUGUGAUUUAGCAUCCCAAGCAGAUACGUCUGCGGGAAGGAACUACUGCUCCUAUCAUAGUUUAGACCAUUUUCACCUUGUUCACUUUCAGAACCACACGGACGGUGCCCCCUGAUGUAACUGCUCCUUAGGUUUAAGGCAGAUUCCUUUCUGUUUUAGUAUUAUCGUCCUCCUCCUCCUGAGAGGCACUUGUUUCCAUGGCUCUAUUAGGUCAGCUGCAGUUGCUGGUUGUAGGUUGGGUGACUCACCUCUGUUUUCAUACCUGGUCGGGCAAAGUUGACCUACGGGGAGCAAAAGGGGAGAGGCAAGCCCAGGAGCCCAUGGGUCAGGGAGGCCCCAGGUGAACAUCCGGGUGGCAAAGAGACCCCGACUGUGACCUCAGUGUAUCGUUUGUGUCUGUGCU